AUGUCGAUUACAUUGCAUGUGUCACUCCUGAGUGGUCACGAGACGUCUCUAUCUGCUGAGCCUGAGACCCGAGUGGAGGAGCUACGGCGGAGGGUUCAGCUGGAGCUGGGCAUCGGCCCCUGUCGGUUAGUCGCAGCAGGGGAGGUGCUUCAGCCCCGUGCCACGCUCAGUCAGCAAAAGCUGACGGAUGGCAUGCAGAUUGUGGCCGUGCUUCGCCAGCCAGAGAUCAUCUCGACACGCCGAUCCACCUCGAUGGCCUUACUUACUGGAGACGGGUCCGUGCUGACCUGGGGUGACCCAGAAAGAGGCGGCGACUGCAGCGCGGUCCAGGACCAGCUGGUGCACGUCGAGAGCCUCCACGCAGCCCCGGGCUCCUUCGCUGCAAUCUUGGCAGAUGGGUCCGUGGUCACUUGGGGAGAGGAGUUGGCGGACACCAAGCCCGUGAAGCAUCUACUCAUGAAUGUCCGUUCCAUCCAUUCCACGGGCUUUGCUUUUGGGGCCAUCACGGACGACGGCUCCGUGGUUUCAUGGGGUCAUGAGCUCUUUGGGGGGCGGGCGCCGGCGAACCUCACCAACGUCAGGAAGCUUCUUGGUUCCCUCACGACCUUUGCUGCGCUUCGCAGCGACGGGUCGGUCGUGGCCUGGGGCGAAGAUGGGCGCCAGGAGAUGUGGGAGCAGCUGAGGAAUGUGUGUGACAUCCAGGCGACCGAGAGCGCCUUUGCGGCGCUGUCCGCAGGUUCCGUGGUGGCUUUCGGCCAUCCUCUUUAUGGCGGCGUUCUGGACGAAAGGCUCCAUGGCCCUCACAAGGUGCAGCAGAUCUACUCCACUGAUGGGGCUUUUGCAGCACUAGUGGAAGAUGGUUCUGUUGUGGCAUGGGGGGAUGCUCUGUCCGGUGGUGACGUCAACGUACCUCAGCCUGUCAACGAGCAGCUCCACGACGUGCAGAGCAUCGUGGCGUCGGCGGCCGCUUUCGCUGCGCUUAGGGCGGACCACACCGUGGUAACCUGGGGCUGCCCGGAGCUUGGAGGCGACAGCUCCGCAGUGAAGGAGCAGCUGAGGGACGUCACGCAGGUCUGCGCCACCGCCAUGUCUUUCGCUGCCCUGCGCGCGGACGGCUCGGUGGUUACCUGGGGCAACUCCCACUUCGGGGGGAGCUGCCGUGCAGUGCAAGGCCAGUUACGCGACGUCCAGCAUCUGGGUGCAUCGGCCAAUGCCUUCGUGGCUCUUUUAGCCGAUGGCUCACUGGUCGCCUGGGGGGACACCGCCUUCGUCGAGACUGCACCUGCAUCGUGGAAAAUCAGAG